UUUAUCCCGUCCCUGAAUAAAAACAUGGCUAAUCAACAGAAAGUGAACUUGGGACGUCUGCUUUUCAAACGAUUACGCCGUGAAUUGCAAGAAACAGUGAAUUCAAAGGAGAAAUUAGCUGACGUACCUGCAUUUCGAUACAUAGUGAGCCAGUUUAGAGAACACCAAGUUACAAGUCAGAAGUUAUGUAAGGGACAGAAUGAGGUGAUGAUGGUAGGACAGACCUAUCUUUGUAUGCUGGAGAGUCUGCGAAAAUCAGAGGAAUUAGCACAGAGAUACAAAACUACAGAAAGAUCUGUUGAAGAGAGUGCCAACCUUGUAGGACUUAGAACACCCACAUCUCAAUCUGUGGACAAUAAAUAAGCAGAAUCAUAGUGGGAAGGGGGGGAUUGGUAUCUUGUGUUGAAUUUAAUUGUUUAUACUUUUUCCACACACUGGCUGAAUUAUGUAAAGUAGCAUGUAUAAAUUGACAUUAUCUUUACAUUCUUCUUGCCAAGAUUCAUGGUUAAUUUAUAAAAUAAAAGUUGUGAAUAGAUUACUGAGCAUAUAUUUAAUUGUGUAAUGUUAUGCUUAUGUAUACGCUACUGAAACUAUUGAAGUACAUGUACGUGUACUAAUUUUUACUAAUUAAUUAAAAAAUUUCGAUAUUG